AUGGCGGCUGAAGGUCCCCUGAAGGAGCUCUGCGAGGAAGCCUCUUGCUCCAUCUGCCUGGACUUCUUCAGGGACCCCGUCAUGAUCGCCGAGUGCGGCCACAACUUCUGCCGAGCCUGCCUGAACCGCAGCUGGGGGGAGGCGGGGGCCGCUGAGCCUUCCUGCCCCCAGUGCAGAGGAAAAGCUCAGCCAAGCAGCCUCCGCCCCAACCAGCAGCUGGCCAGCUUUGUCGAAAUAGCUAAGAGAUUCAGCCCUUCGGCAGGGAAGGGGGCGGAAGCGAAGGGGGGAGAAGGGGAAGGGGGCGUCUGCGAGAAGCACCGGGAGCCCCUGAAGUUUUUCUGCCGGGAGGACGAAGCCCCCCUCUGCGUGGUCUGCAGCAGAUCCCAGGAGCACCGAGGUCACCAGGUGACUCCCCUGGAGAAGGAGGCUGCUGGAGAGAAGGAGCAGAGAGUCGUGGCAGCUAGAACGGCAAGAGUUUGCCAGAAGCACCAGAAGCUGCUGAAGCUCUUCUGCAAGGACCAUGAAGCCCCCAUCUGCGUGGUCUGUGAGCAGUUUCAGGAACACCAAUAUCACGACAUCGUUCCUGCGGAGGAGGCUGCCCAAGAGUACAAGAGAGUCGUGGCAGCUAGAACGGAAAGAGUUUGCCAGAAGCACCAGGAGCCGCUGAAGCUCUUUUGCAAGGACCAUGAAGCCCCCAUCUGCGUGGUCUGUGAGCAGUCCCAGGAGCACCAAUAUCACGACAUCAUUCCUGUGGAGGAGGCUGCCCAAGAGUACAAGGAUCAGUUCUGCAAUUGUGUGGAGAUUCUGCUGAAGGAGAGAAACAAAAUCCUGGCAUAUAAAGCCGAUAUAGUGAAGGAAAGCCAAGACCUGCUCAGGCAAACCAAAGGAGAGCGACAGAAGGUGCUGAUCAAGUUUAGGCAACUACAGAAGUUUCUGGAGGAACAAGAGAAACUUUUGCUGGCCCAGAUGGAAGAGGUGGAGAAGGAGGUGGCAAGGAAGAGGGACCAGCACCUGGCCAGACUCUCUGAGGAACUCUCCUCUCUGGAAAGCCUCAUCCGAGAAAUGGAGACGUGUCAACAGCCAGCCAGCAGUCUCCUGCAGGGUGCCAGAAGGACCUUGCAGAAGUAUGAAGAAAAGGAGCCGUUUGAGAGUCCAGUGGCUUUUCCCCUUGCGCUGAAGUGGCGUAUCUGGGACUUCUCGGAUUUAAAUCCGCUUUUGGAGGCCAUCAAGAAGCAAUUCGAAGCAAAUGUGACUCUGGAUCCAGACACGGCCCAUCUAAAGCUCAUCCUGUCUGAGGGUCAGAAAAGCGUAAGACGAGGAGAAAAGGCUCAAGCUCUGCCCACAAAUCCUGUGAGAUUUGAGAAUUAUGGUGCUGUGAUGGGCCGUGAGGGAUUCACAGGAGGCUGCCAUUUCUGGGAAGUCCUUGUGGGAAGUGAGGAAGAAUGGUCCUUGGGGGUGGCCAGAAAAUCUGUAAAGAGGAAGGGAGACAUAACCUUUAGUCCUGAGGAAGGGUUCUGGGAGGUGGGGAAGUGGGGGGGCAGCUACCAGGUUUCUGGAAAAGUCAGUGAUCUGACCCUGAGUGGAGAGCUGAAGAGGAUCCGAGUGUGCCUGAACUAUGCUGGGGGGCGAGUGGCCUUUUUUGAUGCUGACCGAGCAGCCCUUCUCUACGAGUUCUCUGGAGCCUCCUUCCAUGGAGAGACCCUCCUGCCCCACUUUUGGGUGUAUGGAAAAGGCCACCUCAGAAUCUCUUCCUAAGACCUUUUCUUCAACCAGGACCAUCAAGAAGAAAAUAGUAUUUCUCAAGAGUGCCCCUUUUUUGAGUCCUGUAGAGGCCUCUCUUGUCUCCAGUCACCAAAACAGACUGCAGUAAAGUGGAGACAUUUCUCCCCCCCUCCAUUUCCCAACAUUCCUUUCUCCUCCUUUGUAUCUUAUUCCUUAAAGCAACAGUAACACCUUUCACAUUGUAAAGGAUAACAGGCUUGUACUACAGGAGAGCUCCAAGCAGACCAUCAGCAUCCUCUCCAGCCUCCAUUAUCCUCAAGGAUGAGAGGAACCACUGCAGAGGAAGAAAGAAGAGAUCCCGCAUGUUUCUAUUAUUAUUCUGGACUUCCUCUUUUCUUUACUGGACACCAUCUGCUAGGAUUUCCCAGUGUUCAGCCUACACUUUCUGACAGACACUGAAGGUCUUGUCGCUAUCCAGGUUCCUGCGUUCACAGCAUUUGUUUUUCAGUUGUACCAGAGACUGAGAAGAUGUUAUGCUUUUUAUAAAGUUAUGUUGUGUUGAAA